UGGAAUUAAAUUUGUAGGUGUGAAACGUUUACGUUGCUUAAUAUCUGAAGUUCUGAACGUCGACUUGUCGACGAGUAAAACUGAAGUUGUGUGUGCAUUGAAUAGGUCGACCAAUUGCCCAAUUCAUUGAAAUUUCCAUCAUGCUACAAAAGACGCUAUUUGAAUUUUGUGUUGAUAGCAUCAUAGAAGAAAUGGAACGUGGAUGGGGGCGAAAGUCAAGUAAGGGCUCGGACAUCGUCGACCCAGAGGUUUCGUCAAAUCCCUUGGAACAUUUACCCACGGCGAUUUUAGAAGAAGUAGUUCGUAUUCUUGGAAAAAAAGAAUUACUGGAAAAAUAUCUUAGAUGGAUUAUUCUUCCACAACUUCACACUUUAGAUCUAUCGUUAGAGGGUUGUGAAGACAGAAACCAGCAUUCUGAAAAGCAAAUGUUUGAACACUUAAAGUGUGCUUCCCUCAAAUGCUCAAUGCUGAAAAAUUUGAAACUAACUCACAAUGUGCUUAAUGAGGAGAAUUUCAUUGGAUUGCUACCCACAUUCAAAAAUUUGCAAGCAUUAGAUGUUUCACAUACCUCAGUAGGAGACAAUUGCAUGUGGGCUGUGGGAACUCACUGCAAAUAUUUGAGAUCUCUGAAUGUUGGGCUCUGUCGGGAAGUGACAGAUUUUGGAAUCCAAGGAUUAUGUCUUGAUUACAUUGAAAAAGAAGAUGAUGAAGAUAAGCGAAUUUCUAAAGCAGGUGAUCUUGAAUGGCAAGAAAACUGCGCACCUCCUCGACUUAGCAACUCAUUGGAAAUACUACAUUUGUAUGGAACAAAAGUUACUGAUAAAGGACUUCAAGAGGCUCUUCAGAAACUACGUUCCUUGAAGAUAUUAGAACAUUAUUCUACCGUGGAAGUACUCGGCGAAAUGCAUCGAGAAGAUUGGGAAAACACUGAAAAAAGGAACAAAAUUCCAAAAUACGCUUUGUCCAAGUUUGUUAUCAGAAAUGCCAAUGAGCAAACCUCAAUUGAUCGCGUUCAUAGAGCGGUGUCCCAUUGCCCUUUAAUUACCAUUUUAUGGAUUUUUGGAAGACACUACAUGGAUAACGCUAAUUUUGAUGUCAUCAUGAUUCCGAUUGUUAACAUGAUUGGGAAUUCGCUUAAAGAGUUUACGCUUUAUUCUUUUAAUAGUUUCAACUUAUGCACCAUUAUCGAUUGUUGUCCUAAUCUACGCAAACUCGAACUUUGUAACAGUGAUUGCGACACUGGGCCUAUUGUUGAAAAAAAGAAAUACUCUAAUAUCCAAGAAAGGAAAACACUGGGAAAACUUCAAGAACUAACUCUACGAUUUUUUGAAAUCUCAACCGAUGACUUAAUUACACUCAUGUCGUCGUCUUCCCUGAAGUCUAUUGUACUCUGCAGAUGCGAAACUUUCAACGACGACAUCCUACAGCAGGCAUAUGAUCAGCACUCAUUUCCUAACCUUGAAUACUUGGAAUUAUACAAAUGUCCUCUCGUGACUGAAAGAGGGAUAAAUUUCUUGUUGAAGGAGAGAACUCCGUUAAAAAAGAUCAAGAUCAUUGGAAGUUGGCGAAUGUAUAGUAAAGAGAAAGUAGAAGAUUGGAAUUUGCAAAUGGUUCUGAAAAACCGGCAAUUGGACAUCGAAUUUUUAGUGGAUUAGAACAUUCACCCAUUUUUGUCUAUCAUUACCAACGCCUAUUCAACGAAGCCAGAAAUUCGCUUGCUUUUUACGAAUGAAUCAACACUUGUCUGAUUAGAAAUUGUGCCGUUCACCUCCGUUACUUUGUCCAAACCUACUGUACCUCUGUGACAAUACAAAAGGAUGAUUCGGGAUAUAA